GUCUCUGCUUACGAAAUGUCAAAUAUAUAGUUAAUAAGUGUAUUACUUUGAAAGGUCAGCCCGAAGUCACGUUUUUCAGUGAGGCUAGCUUGUCAGUUGCCAAAGUAGCUAGCUAAGGGUUAGGGCGGAAGGAGGAGUCCGGGGCAAGCUGGAGGGGGACAUGAUGUAGUUUGUCCAGCACAGGCUGCGUGACUUAAAAUACCUCGGUGUGUCUUCCCCCCGUUUGUUCAUUUGAAAACGCAUUUUUUGUGUUUUUUAACAUCUAACCGACACCAUGUUUCUGCGCGGAUCUAAAAAGCGACGGUCGAACCGCUCGCAGGAGGAAGAGGACCCGGACAGAGGGCAGCCCUGUCUGCACUGUGGAGACCAGUGCCCCGGCUUCCGUGUCCAUGGCUGGAGGAAGAUCUGUGUACACUGCAAGUGUGUGCGAGAAGAGCAUGCUGUGCGCUCGGUGCCAGGCCAGCUGGAAAAGAUGAUGACGAAGCUGGUGUCCGACUUCCAGAGACACUCCAUCUCCGAUGACGACUCGGGCUGUGCCUCCGAGGAGUACGCAUGGGUCCCACCUGGUCUCAAGCCCGAACAGGUAUACCAGUAUUUUAGCUGCUUGCCAGAGGACAGGGUGCCCUAUGUGAACAGUCCAGGGGAAAGAUACCGAAUCAAACAACUGCUGCACCAGCUUCCAACCCACGACAGUGAGUCCCAGUACUGUAACUCUCUGAACGAGGAGGAGAAGAAGGAGCUGCGGUUGUUCAGUCAGCAGAGGAAAAGAGAGAGCCUCGGCAGGGGCGUCGUCCGGCUCUUCCCACUAACUAUGACGGGAGCCAUCUGCCAACAGUGUGGCAGGCAGAUCUGCGGUGGGGACAUAGCGGUGUUUGCCAGUCGGGCAGGACACAGCAGCUGUUGGCACCCCCAGUGUUUCCAGUGUUCCACCUGCAGUGAGCUGCUGGUCGAUCUGAUCUACUUCUUCCAGGAGGGACAGAUCUACUGCGGCCGGCACCACGCUGAGAGGCUCAAGCCCCGCUGCCAGGCCUGCGAUGAGAUCAUUCUAGCAGAUGAAUGUACGGAGGCAGAAGGAAGAUACUGGCACAUGAAGCACUUCUGUUGUUUUGAGUGCGAGGCUGCGCUUGGCGGUCAGCGUUACAUCAUGAGAGAGAGUCGACCAUACUGCUGCUCCUGCUAUGAGUCCAUGUACGCAGAGUACUGCGAUACCUGUGGAGAAAACAUAGGUAUCGAUCAGGGCCAGAUGACAUACGAGGGUCAGCACUGGCACGCCGUGGAGUCGUGUUUCCGCUGCGCCCGCUGUCACCUGCCUCUGCUGGGGCGGCCCUUUCUCCCUCGAGGGGGGCUCAUCUUCUGCUCCAGGGCCUGUUCGCUGGGCGAGGACCCCAAUAACUCCGACUCGUGCGACUCGGCGCUGCAGAGCAAACCUCAGCACAGAAGCUGUGACCCAGCAGAGAAACACCAGCAGCCACAGUGCGGUUCCCCGCUGCAGCCACAAGAGGGCACCAACCCUCCUAUAACUCUUGGAAAAGACUGCAUUCACACUGCAGUGGAAAACAGAGGUGUCCACUGCACCGCUCCAGUUCAAAACGGACUUCCUGUAACCAGUGGUCAUCCUCAUCCAAGAGGCUCCUACUCACCUCUUCCCCACAUCCAUCUAGGAAAUGGCUUAGGUCCAUCUUGGCCCAGCGACCUUCCACAUUACAGUUUACUGCCAGGGGACUCUGGUAUUAAAGCACCCGUCGGGGGUCUCCAGUUCCAGCGAGAGCGGAACGGAAAUACUGGACUGACUGGUCUUAAUUCAAGAGGAACCUCUACUGCUAAAGACUGUAGGAACUGGGUGGAAAGGACGAAUCAAGUAAUGCAAGUGUUUCCUCCUCAGAAAAACUUGCACAUCAUUUCACCUGAGUCGCCCCCCCUCCUGCCCAACAACCCAUCCGUCCUCCCACCUCCUCUGCCCGUUAAGAAUCGUGACUUAAUGCCCCGAGACUUGCCUCCGCCAAACCUCCCCCAGCCAGUGACGGACCCUCUGAUUCCCCGCCCCCGCUGUCUCGCAGUGGCACAGCUCGGGUCAGCUUCAGAGAACCGAUCAGCAGCAGCUACUCUGUUGAUGAGGACGAGGAUGAAGACGGGAACGAGGAGGAGCUGCGAGAGGGCGUGGAGAACCAGCAGGAGGAAGACGAUGUGGAGGGAGGUUUUGGAAGCAGGUUGCAUCUACAGAAAGGCAUCCCACCGCAAAUGGAUCUGCUGGAUGGAUCUUCCUAUCACCAGCGGAGUCUGCGGCGAGGGUGGAGCCGUUGCCGGAUCCCCUCCGACCCUGCUCUCCACCCGGGACCAGAGAGGCGCUCCCGACGCUCGCAGCCCGACCGGCCUCGGCUGGACACCCUGGACUGGAGAGGCGAGAAAGAGAGGGACAGCCAGGGCUCCGCCAACGGCUCCCCGCUGACCCUCAAGCCGAGCCAGUACAAGCACGAAGACUGCUCUACGUGCUCUUCAUCCUCAGACUCGGAGGAAGAGGGCUUCUUCCUGGGACAGCCCAUACCUCUCCCCCCGCAGCUCCGAAAGCAGCAACCUGAGGAGGGCAAAGACAGAGAGGGAGAAGAGGAGAGGGAGAUGCAGAGAGACUGGGGACUGAGAGGCAGCAUAAGGCGGAGAAGAGCUCACAGCCUUGGUGCAAAGGACAAAGAUAAAAACUGUGC